GGGUAAAUUCAGUAUUAUUGGCCACAAAAGAGUUUUUGGCUUCUUCUUCUUCAACCACCAUCAUGUCCUCUUCUUUUUCUUCUUUGAGAUGUUGUUUCUUUGUGGGUUUAAUGGUGUUUUUCUUUCUGAGUUAUGUGUGUGAAGGAGCAAGUGAUGAUGGCCAAGUCAAUGUUGGCAACAUUUCAAAGGUUGAAGAUGCAGGGAAUUUCCAUUUGUAUUAUGGCCAGACCUUCAAAGUCAUCAAGAACGCCAUUGAUGGCAAGACCUACCUUCUCAUCCAGAACAAUUCAAGAAUGGCAGCAAAGACUAAAUAUUGCACUUCAAGGAUGAAAUCAUUUGUCAUUCCCUUGUCAAAUUAUUCAGCUGAUACAGACUUCUUUCCUGUUUCCUUUUUUGAGCUGCUAGGCUUACUGGAUAGCAUGAAGGGAAUGACUUCAGACACAGUGGCUUCACAAUGUGUUCUAAAACUAUAUGAAGCUGGAGAGUUGGAGAUAAUGAACAAAACUGAUCCACAACACUUCACACAAUUUGCAGCACAUUUUGUAUCCCUAACAGGUCAAGCAGAGGCUUGCAAUUUCGUCAACUUCGUCGCUUUCAGUGAGAUUCUCCCUUUGCAGAGAGCAGAAUGGAUCAAGUUCUUGGGAGUUUAUGCAAACCUAGAAACUAGGGCUAACCAGGUGUACAAUACUGUUAAAGAAAAUUAUUUGUGUUUGAGUAAUGUAGCAGCAACCAAGACAAAAUCAUUCAAACCAACAGUAGCUUGGAUGGAGCAUAAGAAUGGUAUAUGGUCCUUUACUAAGGAAACAUACAAGAUGAAGUUUUUGGAAGAUGCAGGUGGAGAAAAUGUGGAUGGAUCUAUCAACAAGAUGACUUACAAUGUCUCUAACUCUGAUGACUUGGAGGCACUUCAUGCCAUCCUAUGUAGUGUGGAUGUGGUGAUUGAUGAAACGUAUACUUCUGAUCCUGUUGGCUACAAUCAAUCAACUUUUCUCCAAAACAUAGGUGUUGACGACAACUCUUGUUUUGCUUUCCUCACAAAUCAAAGCAUAUGGAGAUAUGAUAAAAGAAUUCAAUUAAACUCAACUACACUAGAUUGGUUCGACGGAGCGGUCUCUCAACCUCAAUUGGUUUUAGCAGAUCUAAUUGAGAUAUUGUUUCCAACUGGAAAUUACACAACAUCAUACUUCAGGAACAUUGCGAAGGAAGAAGAAAUUGUCAGCAUUAGUUCUAGCAUGUGCAAUAGGGACAGCAACCUAGCAAUGGAACCUACAGUGAUUCCAUGUCAAUAAUUUUUUAAAAGAAAAAAAAA